GAGCCACAGAAGACAACGGAAGUAGAAGAAGAAGAAACCGGAAGUAGGAAAAGGAGAGGAUUAGCAAGUGUGUGUAGUGUGUUGGUUUUUGUCUCGUCGGAGUUUCUUCAAACUUUUCCAGAAAUCCUUAUUAAACAGCUGGAAGCAGGAGGAGAUCCCGGACCGUUCGACUGAAUCUGAGAAACCAGUCCAGAGAGGACCAGUCCAACAUGGACACCAAGCAAGGAGCUUAGGGAUUCGCUGGUGGACAUGUACAGAGGUGGCGCUAUGACUAGGAUUAAAAAUGAUCGUAUGGACGUCUACAGGAUAAUCCCGGAGUGAAGGAGGAGCUGCGACAGCGUCUUCCCUCACCUCCGCCGCUCAGAGGCCCUGACAGGUCUCGUAUUAGUCAGGGAGGUCUGUCUCACCAUCUACCUUCACACCUCCGGGAGGUAAAAGACUGAUGGAGCUGGACCUUCCCCCUCAGCCAGAGAGCUGUGGCAGCGUCUCUGAUGGAGGAGGAGCAUCCAGAGGUCCUGGCAGUCCCGUCCUCAGAAGACCCCCAGUCAGCUCUGAUGACAGCUUUCAUCGGGAUGUAAUGUUUGGUCCAAUCACAGCGUCCGAUCCGCUUCAGACUUCUGAAAGAGACAAAAACAUCUCGUUGUUACUGACGGAGCUCGAGAGCCUGAGAGAAACCAACAAGAAGCUGCAGAAGGAGCUCAUCCAGAAGGAGAAGGAGCUGCAGAGGAGAGCGGUGGAGGAGGAGCUGAGGGAGGAGCUGAGGGAGGCUCGAAGCUGGGAGAGACCUGCAGCCCUGUUGGAGGAGGUGUUGGCAGCUCAGCAGGGCAGAGGCCGGGCUGUGAUGUCACGCCUCCUGCUGGCCAAUAAGGAGCGAGAUGAGGCUUUUAUUCGUGCACGUCAAGUGCAGCUGGCUGCUGAGCACCUCGAUGUUUCUCUGGAGGAUCCUGACGAGGACACAGCAGAGGCACAGGACAUGGACCAGCUCCUUUGCUGUGUUUGUGAUGCCGACUCCGUCCAGAAGGUCCAACGGUUUGGUUCAGUUCUGGUUCAGCACUUACGGUUGGCAAGGCAACGGAGAAAUGAAAUCACCACCCAGGAGAUGAUGGCUGUGAUGAAGGAGAGAGACAGCGCGAUCGCCAAGUGUAAACAAUUGGAACAGGACGUGAUGGAGGAGAGAAAGGAGCAUGCACGAGAGACGGAGCUGCUGAGGCGGAAGGACAUUGACGUGGAGCUCCAGGUGCUACAAGCACCUCGAAGCUUCCAGGACCUCCAUGCCCCCCUUCCCAGCGAUGGAGGGUCUCCACUGGCUUUGGUGCAGCAGCUGUCCAACGAGAAAGAGAAUAUGGGGGCGGAGCUUCAGCGCUGUCGGGAGGCCGAGCGAGAGGCCAGCGAGAAAGUCCUCAAGUUGGAGCGGCUGGUCGAGGUGCUGAGGAAGAAAGUCGGGACCGGAAGCCUCCGAGCCGUCAUGUGAUCUCCUCUCAGAUAUCACAAAGAACUGUGUCUCCUGUCUCCUACCUGCUACCUCCUAUCUCCUGUUGCCUCUCUUCAGAUGAGCACCUACAGCUCUGUUAUCAUUUAGAUUUUAUACAUCUUUUAAUAUGUAUUAAUACAAGUAUUCUUUCUUUCUUGUUUAUCUUAAACUAAUCUCUUGAGAACUUUUGGAAUUUGUGUGUCCUGAUCAUGAAAUAUGACAUUAUAUUUGAAUUGAUUUUUUUUAUAUUUAUCAGCUUAAAUGUGAAUUAAAUCUUGGUCCCAAAAUUAACUGAACAUUA